GUAUGAAGCUGAUUUCUUUAUGCCUAAUAGGUAUUGUAAUGUCUAAUAACAUCAUGAUUUAAACAGCAAAUCAUUCAGCCUUUUAAGAAGUAUUUGAACAAUUUGCAAAAUCAAGUGAUUUUGGAAAUAAAUUAUUUGGAGAACUUUCAGUAUUCAUUCAAAAAGGAGCAACUCUUUAAGAUUUGAAUGAUCAUGUAGAAGAAUUAAGAAAACAUUUAGCUGAUGAUUAAGCAGAAGAUGAAAAAUACUUUAAUGAAUAACAAUAAUCUCUUGAAUCUGGAUUAUAAGGUCUAGUUAAUGAAGUACAAGAAUUAAAGGAAACUGUAGAUACAACUGCUAAAAAGAUAUCAGUUUUAAAUCAAUAACAAUAAAUAAUUGAUAAUCUCUUCUCUUAUGAUUAAGAUUCAUAUUAAAAAAGACUUGCCAAUUAAAAUGUUAUAAUCGAAACAAUAUCUCUUUUGGUUGAGAGAGUACAUGAACUUUCAUUAGAAGGUCAUACUCUAAUUGAAAAGGAUAAUCUACUUGAAGAAAUUAAAUAAUUGGGUAGAGGAAAACAUGUAGAAGUUUUAGCUUAAGUAUAUUGCUAAUCAAAUGUAGAUAACUGCUCAUUUAGAUACUGAACAAUUAGAAAAAAUUUUGAAUCUUUUAGAAAGUCUUAGAAAUGCUGUUUUUGCUAGUUUAGAGGCUGAUGAAGCAAAAGAAUAAGAAAAUAUUAGAUUAUACAAUAAAUUGACAGGAGAGAUUUCUGCGUAUUUAUUUUAAUGAUGUAGUUCUAUUUCAGAAUCUUAGAGAUAAUACUAGUAAUUAAAAAAUCAUUUUGAAUAAAAAGAUUAUGAAUUAAGUGUAGGAAAAGAGGGUGUAAAAGAAGUAGGGUAAAAAUUGUAAGAUAGAAAUGAUUCUAGGUAAAAUAUAUAUAUAGAUUUUAUAGAUAAUUCAUAUUGGAUAGAGUUAAAGAAGCUUAAUAAUUAUUAAAUGAUAAUUUAGAUAGAAUUGCAAGAUGGUCAUAAGAAUGA